AUUUCUGACAGACGACUCGAGUCGACUUCACCCGACAAGAUGGAGGAGGCAGCCGGAACCGCUGGAUCCAACAAGGUGGAGGCCAAGAAACGGCAGAAAAGAAACAAGGUUCGAGGACCGGGCCGCUCCGGCAGGAAGAACAAAGAAAAAGAGAGGAAGAAGAAGAGAGGAGAAAGAAGAGGGACGAGCGCCCCGAGCGUUAAGGAGGACGAGGAUGAGGAGAGGAAAGGUGACGAAGAGAUGGAGGAGGUGGAGGACACCGGCAGCCAAUCAGAGCAGAACGUCCCCGUAGAGGCCGGCGGAGAGGCCGGCGUAGAGGCCGGCGGAGAGGCCGGCAGGCCGGCGGAGAGGCCGGCGUAG